UCAAGUUGUUGUUUUUAAGAGAAAUCUUGUGUGAUAUUUAUCCAAAUCAAAGUCUAAUUUUACAAUUUCCUGGCAUUUUUGCACUUAUUGCAGCUAAUUUGUAUAUACAGUGUACAUAGAGAUGAGCACACAACAAACUCGUUCGGGGGGCGGCGGCGGCGGCGGCCGCACUCAAAAAAAAUCAAAUUCCGCUCACAUUGGCGGCAGCAGUGGCGGCGGUGGCGGUGGCAACAAUGAUUUGGGUGCCAUCACACAGGCCGCAACGGUGCAUAAGAAAACCGAUGCGAACAAGACAGAGAAACCAGAGAAGGCCCAACCGAAGGCCACUACGGAACAGUUGCGCAUUGCCCAGAUAACUAAUAGCACCACAGAGGAUCCGCUGAUCAAUGAAAAGGUCACCCUAUUGCUAACAAUGACCCAACGUUCCGAGGAGGAAGUCUGCUGCGCCUUGAAUGAGUGCGAUUACGAUAUAGAGGCAGCGGCCAAUUUCUUGAUUGAAAUUCUACCACAGGGCGCCUUUGCCAAGUACGAGAAGAAACGCAAGAAUAAGGCUGCAAAUGCUGUAGCGGAUGGCGCCGGCGGUGAUGCCGAUUGGGCAGAUGGUAACGCAAAUGCGGACAGGCGUGAAAAGUCACGUAAUCGCAGCGCCAAUCGCGGUGGACGCGGCGGCACCGACAGUCGCGGCUGGCGCGGCAGAGAGGCCCGUGAGAAUGACCGCAAUAUGCGCGAAUCUCGUGGUGGUGAUCGCGGCGAAGAUCGCGCCAAUGACAACUAUCGUGGACAGCGUAACGGCGGACGUGGCGGUCCAGGCGGCGCCGGCUCGGGUGGUGGUGGUGGCCGAGAUGGCGGUCGUGGAGGCGGCUUUAUGUCACGUCCAGGCCGUGGUGGUGGUCGCAUGGGCGGAGGUCGUAGCGGUGGACCGCGGGGGGAUCGUGGCUAUGGCAUACGAAAUAAUGCCAAUAACGAGGAUCAUCAUGAGGUUGAACUGUGGGACAAUACCAUUGCGCAAAAUGCAGAGAAACAGCAGCAGCAACAAGCGCACGACGAUGCCUGGGGUGAUUGGAACAAUGAGGAGUACGAGGGUUCACUUAAGGACAGCAAAGUCUUUACAACGAGCAAUCUCAACUCUCAGACAGCGGCAAGUGUGGUAAGCGGUGCGGCGCCAACAGGCAUUGAACAGCUAUCAGCACCGCCAGGCCUCGAGCACCAUCAACUGACGUCGCAAGGAUCUCAUCUGAGUGCUCUGGUUAGCAGCAGCGAGGAAAACAACAGCAGUAGUUCAGCGCCAUCGGCAGCAGCGGUGGGCUCAUCAACGACAACGCCGAUGAUGCAGUAUAGCGCAGCGGUUAGUAAUCCGCCACCCCAGCUACAGUCUGUUGGGAGCAGUACACCCAGCAGCGUAGCUGGUUCCUCAUCGUACGUCAGCAAUGCGGCCGCUGCUGCUGUCGAUACAUUCUCGAGCGCUGUAUCUGCUGCGGCCACAUUGGUGCAGCAGGCACAGCAGCUGCAACAGCAACAACAGCAGCAGACGCCACUGAAGCCAUCGGCUACACUUUCAGCGGAACAAUCUCAGUAUUUCAACUCGCUGACGUCGCAGGGCGCCAGUCCAACAGCAGCGGCAGCAGCAGCAGCUGCCCAGCCUUCAAUGGCAGCCGUUUAUGGUGGCCAGAGCAACAGUUCAACGGGUCAGUAUGCGAACACAUAUGCAAAUGUGUUUGCAUCGGCGCCAGGCUCUAACAUAGGAGGCACGCCCAACAGCAGCAGCGAACAGUCGCAGCAGCCGCAGGUGCGGCGAGCGCGCGUCAAGCUUCCGCCACCAUCGAAGAUACCAGCGAGCGCCGUGGAAAUGCCUGGAGACAAUGCGCUAAACAAUAUUGGCUACUUGGAUGUGCAAUUCGGUGCCAUGGACUUUGGCACGGACGAUAGCUUCGAUGCACUGCCAGAGAAGUUUAAUGCGGGUGUCAGCAUUGAUGGGCAGCAGCAGCAGCAGCAAGAUGAUUACCAGACCAAGUCACAGCAGCAGCAGCAGGCGCUGUCAGCUGGACUACAGAACGCGCAAAUUUUGCAGGGCGAUGCUUUAAGUGCAGCUGGCUAUGCGGCGCGCUCGGCGGGGCAGCAACAGAGCGGCAACGCCUUAGAUCAGUUGACCAAAAACGAUCCCUAUGGACAGGCCGGCAGUGGCAACAACAAUGGUGCUACAUCGUAUCAAAAUGCGUAUCAGAGUAGCGCGGCCAAUAAGGCGAACAGUGCCUAUCAAACGUCAGCAGGCGUUGUACAGGGCUAUAAUAGCUCGAGCUAUGCAAAUGUUCAGUCUAAUAGCUAUCAGCCCUCCAGCUAUGGCAGCUUUCAAGCAAAUGCAGUCAAUUCCUAUCAGCAACAGCAGCAAGCGGCCAGCGGUGCGCAAAAUGCGACAGGCAGCAGCGGUGCAGCAGUACAAAACAUUCCGAUCAGCGGCAGUGGCAACCAAAAUAGCUCCAGCGCGAAUGCGAGCUCCGCCUAUCUUACAUCGGGUUAUUCGACACCACAAAGUGCUUACCAGUCCAGCCAGAGUGUCUAUGGCAAUACUGGUCUCUCCAACAGCAGCGGGUUUGCUGGCAGCGCAAGUAACUCGUCCUCGCAGUAUGGUAACUUUAGUACAAGCGCCAAGCUUAAGGAUGCCACAGCAACCGGUGCUGCAGCGCACUAUGACAGUGUUUCUACAAGCAGCGGCGUAAGCAGUAGCAGUGCCAGCACGGGCAACGGUGCAGCGGGCGUGGUGAGCGGUGCGACAGGUGCUAAUCAGACAGUAGUAUCAAAUACCAACAACAAUGUGAGCGGCAGCAGUUCGGCGAGCAGCGUUACGACUGGCGUUAACAGCAAUAGCAGCAAUGUGGUGGCAGUUAGCAGCCAGGGCGGCAGCUCGAUAGCGGGCGUAAGUGUAAGCGGCGGUGUUAGUGGUGUUAAUGCCGGCGGCAGUGCGUCCAGCGUUGGCGUUGGCGUUGGCAACAAUGCCGUUUCUGUUCAAGCCCAAGUUGCACAAACAACAGCGGGCACCGCAGCAGCGGUGCUGGCCACGCUGACCAACAAGAACAGCAGCAGCAGUAACAGCAGCGGCACCGGCGGUAAUAGCGGUAGCGGUGUCACCGGCAGCGGCGGCGCCGUCGGUGUCGGCUCGACAACCGGCAGCAGCGUCGGCGCUGGCGGUGUCGGCAGCGGCAGCAGCUCAACUGGUGCUGGUGGUGGUAGUGGUGGUGGCAGCAGCGGCGGCGGCGGUGGCAACAGCGGCUUGGUGCCCACCAACAUCCAAAUGGUUAGUCAAUAUAUUCAGACUGGGGUGCCAUACUAUCAGCAACCAGUUUAUUCCUACGAGGAAUUACAAAUGAUGCAACAGAGAGUGCCACAUGUGCAAGGAUAUUACGAUCUUAACUACACGCCCACCAGCCUGGGCGCCGGUCGCGACAAUCUUGGCUCUGUGGCCUACUCAACAAUGACUGAUGGACGCUUCGCUCGCACCGACAAUAACUCCAGUCCUGUUAGUAAUGUGUCUAGCACAAUGUCGCAACAAGCUGGCUCCAGUGCACCAAUGCUGAAUGUUCCUUAUGCUUAUUUCUAUGGUGGCAAUGUAAUGCCCGGCGGUUUCCAAUAUGGCACGCCAGCCAUCUACCCACAACAAAUACCGGCUGCCAAUACAGCAUCCGGUGGCCAGUUCCCAAAGCCUUCGUAUAGCGCUGGCUAUGGCUCGACCAGUUAUGAUGCUUUGUCGCAGACGACUCAGGACUACAGCAAAGGCGGCUACUCGUCCAGUGUGAAUCAGCAGAGCAAAACACAAACGGUUUCCAAUCAACCGCAGGCAGGCACCGGUUCCGAUCUGACCUCAUCUAUGUAUGGCAAGGGUCAUGUAGCGCUAAACAAGGUCAAUUCGUAUGAGAAGCAGAGUUUCCAUUCGGGCACACCGCCUCCAUUCAAUAUGGCCAACACACAAACGGCGGGCGGUACUUCAGCUCAGCCUUAUGGCAUGUAUCUGCCGAUGCCAGCGGCUGGACAUCACAAUAUGAUCCAUCCGCCAAUCCAUCAGGUAGAGUACAAUACUGAACAGCAGUUUCUUAUAAAUCAAGAAAAUCCAAACAAUAUACAAGUCGCGUUCGAGAAUGAGCAAUUGUGGCAUCAGAAUACUCACCAUAAUAAUGAUGAUCAUAAUCAGCAUAACAAUCAUAACUAUGCAAUAUCGGGACACGAUCAGCAAGAUAAUAACAACUAUAUACAAGACGAUCUCAGUGGCAUAUCGUUCUUUGCUGAGUGAUCAUAUAUAUUUCCAUUAAAAAAAAAGAACGAGAACGAAAGAGCAACAUUUUACCAAAAUUAACAAUCAAAUACACAUACAACGAUUUACAUUGUUUC